AUUUGACGGCAAGACUCUGGAUGAGUUCUGGGUUUCUAUCGCGCUGGAAUAUCCAAAGUUGUCGAAAGCCGCGUUGGAUGUACUAAUGCAAUUUGGCUCAACGUAUUUAUGCGAAAAUACAUUCUCCGCACUGACUUACAUUAAGAAUAAACACAGGUCACGGCUUAACGUGGAAGAUGAUCUGCGGGUGGCGAUCUCCAAAAUUGAACCUAGAGUGGACCUGCUUUGCUCCGCGCACAGCGCCCAUCCAUCACAUUAGGCGUUUUUUCUGAAUACAAAGUUAUAAUUGCUCCAAGGCGCCAGCCAACGCUGUACGCGUGUUACAGGCAGCUUGUUCGUAUUCUGUCUGUAAGCAUUUCACAGUUAUGGGAUGUAAUUGUUUUGUCCAUAAUUUGUUAAUAAAAUAGCCUGUCUUAGAGUGUUCCUUUUUGCUUUUUGUUCGUCAGCAGUCUAAUAUUGGGGGUCGCGGUCUGAAAAGUUUGGGAACCCCUGGAUUAAGGGGAUAGGUAACUCUGGUCAACACUCCAACACUGCAGGUGGCGGCACCUUAACGCUGGUAGCCACCCUCCAUAAAACGCAAGAAGAAGAAGAAGAAGAAGAAGAAGAAGAAGAAGAAGAGCGAGCGAGAGAGAGAAAACCCAGAACGCUUCCGAUACCAAAAUUGUGUCUCUUGCUUACAGAUUCUGCAUUCAUUUGCAGAUAUGUGUUUAUAGAGAUUAUAUAAAUUUAAACUGGACAAGUAAAACAGACGGCAAAAAGGAAAUGCUGGAAUAAUGUCACUGGUUAAAUAUUUUUAGCAUUUUUCAACACUGUAUGUUUUCUACAACCACCGCCAGGAAACUGCUGGGUUACGAUCAAGAAGAUGUGUUAAAGAUAUUACAAACAGUUAGUUGUAUGCAGUCUUCAGGAAGGAUAACGUUACUGUGCAUUGCAGUGAGACAGAAUAUAAUUCCGAAUAGCCAUAUAACUGUGGUAUUCCGGUUUGUUAAAACUGAAGCAUUUUUGUCUGCAUGAGUGUACUGUCAGUACAUACUAUACAGUUUUGCAUUCUGGCGCAGUAUGUUUUGAUAUCACGAGUGCGAACAGAGCAAAAUGGAGGGUAUUAAGUUGUUAAGUUGUCUGGUGUAUAUGGAGCUGUGUUUAGCUUAAACUGAGUGUUCGCCGUCAGUGAUGAGAGCCAUUAAAGGAAUAAAGUAACGUUAAACUCACUCAGCUAAGAAAAGCCGGAUUUGUAACGACUUUACUUCCAAAAUAGAGGCGUACAGUUCGUCCCAAACUGACGAUAUUGAUUAUGCGCACAAUAAAAACAAGAUGUUUUGUUAUGUGAAACGCCUUACAUACAGUCACUAAAACAGUAAAAUAUUAAAAGGAGGACCAGAGACCACAAAAUGACCGACUCGGGGGAUGCAGCGAGUGUUUCCGGCUCCUCCUGCCUCAGCAGCGGGGACGGGUUGAGUUUAACCGCGGGCAGAGGAGUGCCAGGCCGUGUCAGGAGUCUGUCCUCCACUCCACCUGGAAGACUGACGUCCCUCAGAACCAGGGACCUGACACUGGGGGGAGUCCUCAAAAAACCAAAGAAAACCUUUGAGCCAAAUAUCCAUGCUGUGAGGAAAAGCAAAGAUGAGUUAAAGGAAGGGAUCCAUUUGUCUCCAAAAAAGGAGAGAAGAAAGAGGGAUGAGAGGAGGAGAGAGAACAGAGGGAGGAGGAAAGAGAGGCCUCAGACCAUCCAGUCUCACUCCAUCUUUGAACAGGGUCCUGCCGACACCGCACGCAAAACAGGCUGGCGUGGUUCUACAGACCUGCAUGACUCCACCACCUAUCCUAUAUGUAAACUGGUGAAGAAGGAGAGGAAAGAGUCAGAGGAGGAUGAAGAUGAAGAUGAGAUACUCACUAAAAUACAGAGGGAUGAUUUCAUAGAUGAUCCAGGUCUGAGGAAUGAUGCCAAGCUGAAACCCAUCCACCUGCCUCUGAGUCAGUCCAGCAGCUUCACCGAGAGUCAAACACUUAAAACCACCACAACAUGUCCAGAGAAACCUCCUCUGUUCACACCAUCCUGUGGAACUCAGAGUAGAGCAGGCCACAGCAGGACAGAGCUGCCCAAACCAGAGCAGCCAUCUGUGGUAGAAGUGCUACAGGAUCUCAGCCUAUCUGGCAGAGAGGAGCUCUUCUUCAUGCAAUUACCUGACUGUAUGCUGGGUAGAGCGUCUGGACAGAAGGUGGGCGCUGCUCUCGGAUCUACAGCAGAGAAACCUUCCAAGAAGGAAGGAAAACCUGAAACCAAGAGGCCUGCACAUCUACAAGCACAAGAAGCUGCGGUGAAGGAGAGCUGUCCUAUGCUUUCACAAUUCCCAGAGGGAUUUUUGGGUAAACUGCAGAUCAGGAAGUCAGGAAAGGUGGAGCUGAAGCUGGGUGACAUUGUCAUGGACGUCUCUGAGGGAGCUGCAUUCUCUUUCCUGCAGAAGCCAUCUCUCCUUCCUUCUGCAGCAACUGGUAUCUGUGCGUCUGUCUGAUGGUCUGACUGGAGAGAUAAUGGUGUUAGGAAAUGUCCACCACAAACUGGUCUUAUCUCCUGACUUCCAGACUUUACUGAGACAUGCUGCAACACAGCAGCAGCAAGGACCCUGAUAAUCUCUCAUCUACUGCACAGAAACCCAACAGGGCUGAAAGUUACAGACUCUUUGACACAAGUAAUGAUUUGUUUGAAUUCUGUAGUAUUCCUGAUCUGAUGGGAGGCGUUUUGUUACCACACUGUGGAGUAAAAAUGACUGGUAGCAUAAUGUCUAUUCUCCAUACCUCUGCUCUGAGAUUUUUAAGGCAGCUAUGUACGUUGCCCUUGGUAGCCUGUUUUUAUUAUUUGUAUUCUAUGAAUUUGAGAUGAAUUUUGAGAAUCCUGUGAUAGCAAAACAAUCUGUCAAAAUAUGAAUGAUUUUGUUUUUCUCUGGUGUGAAGACACUGCUAGAGACAUGUUUUUUGGAAAGAUACACAUUGUGAUGUGGUAAAUACAUGCUAUCGUACUCAAUCUACUGAUCCACAAGGAUCAGUACAGUAUCAAGACAGUAUCAUCAUUGUGAUAUACUUGGUAAAUAUAAAAUGUAUUGUAUUAAUGUAAUGUAAUAUUAAGCUUUGACAUCUCAUUUUUGUAUUCAGAUGGCCGUUAGUGCAUAAAAUAAUCCAUAAUGCUGCUCCUCCACCGUUGAAGAGCUAUGACCAACUCCGCUCUGACCAAAUGAGUAGAGCUUCAAAGUCUGCUUCAAGGGGAGAUUGUAGCGUCCCUAAACGAGGCUCCCCCUUUGCACAAUCUGCUUUUUCUUUUACAGCCAUUAAGGAAUGGAAUAAGCUCCCCAUCAAUCUGAAAACCUGCACAGAUUUCCAUAUUUUCUCCUGUGAAGUAAAAAAAUGGAUUUUAAGCAACCAGUCAGCAUAAAUUUGACAUUUUGACUAUCUACUUAUAACUUUCGAUAUAUGUAUGUAAUAUUUUGAUAUUUGUAUUCUGUUUUGUGUUCAUUCCUAUGAAAUGUGUUAUUGUGUGUGUGUGUGUGUGUACGUGUGUGUGUGUGUGUGUGCAUACGCCUGUGUGGGUAUCAGUAGGUUGUUGGUCCAUUAGUAGUGGAGAUGAUAGGUUUUACUCUGUUUUAUUGUUUCCUUUCACCUGCCCAGGGACCACAGAUGGAAAUGAGCUAAUAGCUCAAUCUGGUACAAACGAUCUUUUCUAAUUUUUGAGAUUAAUGUAUUUUGUACAUGGUCCCUGACAUAUAUUUAAUAAACUAAACUAAACUAAGCAACUUAACAGCAGCUAUAAAUCCAGAUGUUGCUGACCUCCAGUGGGUGAAGAUGUCACAGUAAAACAGUGAUGUAAACGUUUUCAUAUUAACUACAGACCAGAUUCCAAACUUCCUUCUAUUUCCAAAAUCUUUUCAUUACAGUUUCUGGAAGCCCUUUCUAUUUUUGAAACAUUUCAGUCAGGCUUUCAAAGCAAUACAGUACAGAAAUUAAAUCAGAUGCAAGAGACUUUUCUAUUUUUAUUUUGCUAGACAUAACGUGCAGCUUUUGAUACAGUAGAUCAUGUCAUCCUGAUAAACAGACUUCAGCAGUGGGUUGGUAUAUAAAGAUUACUUUUAAGGCUAUUCAUUGCUCCAGAUCAUAUCUAUGUGCUGUGCGCAGCCACAGGUCCUCAGACACGAACGUGUUGGGUGUUCCUGUGUCUAGAUUAUAGAGGGGACUGUGUCUUUGCUGUCAGGACACCGUGGCUUCUUAAAAUGAAUUUUUAUUGACUAGUAUACCAAUAAUAGUCUUUUAUACUAAUAUGUAAUUAUGUUUUAUGUGCUGUACAUUUUAGCUUUUUAUCUAAUAUCUGUUUUAUUGUUUAUUUGCAAAGCACUUUUUAAGAUUGGUUUUGAGAGAUGCUACACAAAUAAACUAUUAUAGAAUAAGUGUGCUCAGGGUAUGGUCAGUACACCCUAUUGUGAUUGUAAAUAAUGGUGCAACAGAUGUAAAAUUCCACCCAAAAGAGGUUAGUGAAACAAGACUUUGCUACAUAUAUGG